UGAAAACAAUAGUAUGUACUGUAGUAAUGGGCUCUUUAAUACUUUCUUUCACUUGACUUUAAGCUGUAAUAAAUAAUUAAUGUGGCAGUGUACUUUUCAUGAGACUGGACAACACUGAGGGAGGAGUUUGACACACAUUUCUCGAGCAUGAAUCAGAGUUAGUUUGUGGUUGUAGGUGCCCACGAUCCUUUAAGAGGAGACUUUUCCAUCAGUUAGCAGCCACUCCUGGGAUAGAACAACUGCACUGCACAGACUUGUUCUCAUCAUCAUUGCACAAGCACAAGCAUGUCUCGCCUGGAGCAACUCAUCGUAUCCAUGGUGGAUAUCUUCCUGGAGUAUGCUGAUAAUGAGGGAAAGAAGCAGCAGUUGAACAAAGAUGAGCUCAAGGCAUUACUAGAGAAAGAAAUACAGAGCGAAGAGUUUAAGCAAAAGAUCAGUGCAACGGAUGUGGAGGAGGCCAUGGAGAUGAUCGACAAGAACCACGAUGGCGAGAUCAACUUCAGGGAGUUCUGCAGAUGUGUGUGUGAGUUAGCCAAAUGUUACUUCAACCAGAAAACCGGCAAAGGGAAGAAAGGCAGAGGCAAAGACGGGCAUGAAGAGGACUGAUAAGUCAAGCUGUAUAUAUGUAGUUUGUGUUUUAUUUUGUGUAGUCAUGGUGUAAAAGUGUGGGUUUAAUGCUAGUUGUGAAUAAAAAUAUAUGUACAGUGUGGUUCAACUUGUCAACACCAGUCUUGUCUGUGUUGCUUUCAUUGUUAGGGUUCGUCCUGAAUAAAUAUUAUGUCAUCGGAUAUUAAA